AUGAGUGAGAGGCUGGAUAGGAUUAAUGGUAAAGUGGAAAUAAAUGCUAAAAAUCAGGAUAUCAAUUUUAAGGAUCUUGAAAGUAGGAUGGCUGCUAUCACUAGGCCCCAGGAAUUAGGUGAUGAUGAAGCUAAAGAUGUUGAUGAGGAGAUUGUGAUGGAAGAAGAUUCAACCGUGAAGACUCCGGUUACUCAACCAAAACCGGCUGUGACACCCGAGACUAAGCCAUAUAAGCCUAAGGUUCCAUUUCCACAGCGGUUCAGGAAAGCUAAGCUAAAGGAACAGUAUGAUAAGUUUGUCAAUAUGAUUAAAAAUGUUCACAUUAAUGUUCCUUUAGUUGACUUGAUUCAGGGUAUGCUAAAUUAUGCCAAGUUUAUCAAAGAACUUGUGACGGAUAAAGGAAAGCUGAAUGAGGUUAAAGCUACAUUUCUCAAUGCCGAGUGUUCUGCUAUUGUUCAGAACCACAUUCCACCUAAGUUGGAAGACCCAGGGAGUUUCCUCAUCACUUGUUCUAUUCGUACUUUGACUUGUAAGGCACUUGCCGAUUUAGGUGCUGGUAUCAAUUUGAUGCCUUACUCAGUCUGGAGUAAAUUGGCGUUAGGAGCCUUGAGACCUACCCGUAUGAGCAUAAGGUUAGCAGACCAUUCAUUUUAG